UUAAAAUGUAUUUUCUUGUGUAAUUAAGCUGUUGAAUUUUGAAGUAUCUAACAGCAUCUGUAUGUAACCUGCUGUUUUUAGUUCAUAACUCAAUUUCCACUCAUUCAUUUUCUUGACUGCUUAUUGAAUUCAAGACAAAUGGAUCAUCUGGUCACAGCUUUCACCAGCUCAGCUCUUCACUGUAAUCCAGAAGUGAUAAUAGCUCUCUGAACAGCUCUCCAGACUGGACAGCAAACUGAGUAAUUUUCUGGUUUACAAACUAAAUCAACUAAUCAAAAAACAUCAGACAAAAGGACAGAGAGUGAAAGAGAGGCUGUCUUUGGAAGUACAGGUGUUCAUGUUCUCAGUGAUUUCUGCCUUUGUGCAGAGACACACAUUCAUCAUCUUGUUCUCUGUGACAUUGUUGGUGCUGCUGAUGAUUUGCGGCAGUCAGGCUUCACAUUUUCUAGGCACAGUCAUGACCUACUACCCAAAGGACACUUUUGCAGAUGGAUCUGUCACAGUGACCAUUCGGUAUAAACUGAACUUCCACACAGCUUUCUGCAAAAAUGAUGACACAUGGAGUUGCCUCAGUGGUGACUUGGGACUGAAACCCACACACUAUAUGUGGUAAAACAAGAAAGCAGUGGAGACUGGUGUCAGAGAGAGGGAAUCAUGACUCGACAGGUUCCCAGCAACGCUCCGUUUGAACUUCGGUUGGAGGGUAGUGCAUGGAUAUCUAACGUCAAAAAUGGCAUUUCAUCAUGGAGAGCUGUGACUCGAAUGGAACUGAGGAACCGCUCUGACACCAGCAAAGCCAACACAUCACCUCAGACCACCAUCCUACCAGCUGUGAGAGUUCCUUCAAACUGUCAGAGAGAUUUCAGCCUGUUGAUGUUUGACCCUGAUGGAGACCAAGUUAAAUGCAGAUAUGGGAACUCCUCACUCUCAGAGUGUAACCCCUGCACUCCACCGUCUGUCCUCAGCCUCUCAUCGUCCUCUUGUACUCUGUCAUUCAGCCCCACCAGCAGCAGUAAUGAAGGUUCGUAUGUAGUACAGCUGGUGAUGGAGGACUUCCCCAGACAGACCAUCACUCUGACUCAAACCAACGGGACACAAACAACAAUAACUACCAACGAUGCCAUCAGCAAAAUACCGAUUCAGUUUGCUUUGAAAGUUGAUCCUGCAGUGCCAUCCUGCACAGAAGGACUCUUUCUGCCCAAGUUUCUUCCUCCAACACCAGCCAACGGAGCUCAGCUCUACAACAAUGUCAGUCAGACUCUGGAAAUUAACAUCACUGCAGAGGCACUUAACUCCACGAUCUCUGAGCUGCUCUACAGCGGGCCGUACAAUUUAACCAGCAGUGCAUCAGGACCAGGACAGUUCACCCUGAGAUGGACACCAUCUGAGAGCGAAGGCGGACAAAGCCUCCCCAUCUGUUUUGUUGUCCAGGCAGUUUCUGGUGGAACCAAGUAUCACUCAGAGCUUCGAUGUGUCACUGUGACUGUUGCAAAUAGACCAAUAAUAACUACAACAACUACUGUACCUGCAACAACUACUACCAAUACUCCAAGCACAACUCUUCCUACAUCAACUACACCCAGUGAACCAUCUUAUGUUGCAGUUUUUCAAAUGAAAAUUACCUCUUUGGUGGACUUGUCUAAAAUUGAUAGAGAUACCUUCCUUACACAGAUCAAAAAUUUGCUGAUAUCCAAAGGGCUGCCCCAACACACGAUCGUCCGACUCAUAAGCAGCAAACCACAGAUUGGUCCAACUGCAGCGCCCUCUACUGGCAAAACAUGAACUGGCAGCUUAAGUAGCUUCUUCAUGGUAGCUGUUGAAUGAAGUUCAGUCUUCACUGUUCUUUAACACACAUUUUUAAUAAUUACAAUCACUUCUCAAGAGCAGCUUUUAAAAGCAACACGUUAGCCUGACUCUCCAGUGCUAUAAUCUAAAAUGAUUUAAUUUGUGCUUAGAAAUUGUUAGAUUAAAUGUUAUUUUUGGUGUGACUAUCCUUAGUCUAGCACCGAUACACUGAUUGAUUAUCCACAACUGGAAAACACGAAGAACAGCUCAGAUAAAAUAAUUAUAGUGGAAGAUUUUAACA